AUGACAAAGCAGAAGAUUCCAGUUUGGUUGGAUUGCGAUACAGGCAACGACGACGCAUUCGCUAUACUCCUUUCCGCGUUCCACCCAAGGGUCAAUUUACUAGGGAUCUCGACGGUACACGGCAAUGCGCCACUCGCAUGGACGACUCACAACACAUUGGGCAUAUUGGAUAUUCUACAUGUUUACAAUGUCAAAGUUUACCCGGGGGAAGAAGCGCCGUUGGUCAACGAAGCAAGAUUUGCAUUGGACAUUCAUGGCAAGACUGGCAUCGGCGGUAUUCAACUCCCGCAGCUGCCCACGAAUAGACCCGUGACUCACCCAAGUUAUCUAGAUGCCAUGCACCAUGCGAUAAUGCAGCACCAGGACCAAAUAUGUCUAGUGUCCACGGGCACACUGACCAACAUCGCCCGAUUGAUCACAAAGUAUCCUCACGUGGUUGACAAGAUCAAGUACAUCUCGGUGAUGGGCGGCAGUUUCGGGAUGGGCAACGCGUCGCCAUUUGCCGAGUUCAACUUCCACACUGACCCGCACGCGAGCAAGUUGGUGAUGGCUAAGCUUCAAGACAAGAUGAUUUUAACCUCGUUGAACCUCAGCCACAAGAUUGUCGCUGAUGAGCACGUGCGCCGUCUGAUAUAUAGCGAAUUGGACCAGCUGAAGAACUCGCAAUUGAGACGAGGGUUUUAUGAGAUUUUGAUGUUUUACUCCAACAAGUACGGGUGUGGGGACGGCGAAUUCAAGGGCCCCCCGUUGCACGAUCCGAUUGCCGUUUAUAGUUUGUUGCCCGUUGUCGAUGACGAUUUCGCGGCAUAUGGCUAUAAAUGCGUCAAGCGCAAGUUGGAUGUGGUUCUUGAAGGCGACCGUAUGGGCGCCUCUGUGGUGGUGAAUGAGGAAUUGGAAUUAGAUGAAGAUGAAGAUGGCGGGGUCAUCAUUGGCCAGGAUUUAGAUAAGCAAAAGUUUUGGAAAGCCAUCUUGGACGCAUUACAUGCUGCCGAGUAA